UUAUAAUGGGUAUUGGAACAACGUACUUAGGAGAGAGAUUAAUGGUAAUUUUGGCGGCAAUCCUUGGACUUGGCUCCAAUUUAGGCAAUGCCUUCGCACCACAACCAUCCCUUCUCUUCUUCACUCAAAGCACCCUAUAUGCACUUACAUCAGAAUCUGCUCAUCUUUCUGCUAUGCUGAUACUUGGAAAAUAUUUUGAGAAACGGAGAGGAAUGGCAUAUGCUGUUGCAAAUUUCGGAGCAGGAAUUGGCGGGUUGGUUUUACCACAAUUAGUGACAUAUCUAUUUAAUGAAUAUGGACUACGGGGUACCCUCAUUAUAAUUGGUGGAUUGCAUCUUCACUUCUGUCCUAUUG